AUGUAUAAGUUCUCAUCCUUCUUCUCCUCUCCUUCCUCCCGACCUGCAGCGACUUCUCCCUCUGGCGACAAGAGUAGUAGUAGUAGCAGCACCAACAAGCAGAAAACUCCACGAGAGACAGCAAGGCAGGAGCAGCAGCACGGCGAUAGCAGCAGCAUCACCGCCACCGCGGCAACCACCCGCAGCCGUCGCGUCGCCAGCAGAGCUAGACCACCGCACGCGUCGUCGUCGCCGCAAGGCAACGUCACUACCGCUCCCGCUCCCGCUACUACCAGAAGAAGCAGAACGAGAAGAAGAGAGAUGGCGCCCCGCCGCUCGACCGCGGCCAAGGCCGAGGACAAGGCCGCCGCCGCCGCCGCCGUGCCCGACACCAAGCCGGCCAAGGAGGCCGAGGCCAAGGUCACCAAGCGCGGCCGCGGCCGGCCCCCCAUGGACCCUUCGCUGCGCAAGACCAAGCCCUACGUGCCGACGGGCCGCCCGCGCGGCCGCCCGCCCAUGGACCCUUCGCAGCGCAAGACCAAGCCCUACGUCCCCACGGGCCGCCCGCGCGGCGGGCCCGGCCGGCCCCCCAAGAAGGGCCGCGGCGCCGCUGCUGCUGCUGCCAAGGCCGCCGGCUCCAAGGCCGCUGCCAAGGGUGCUACUACUACCGGCAGGGGUCGCGGACGGCCUCCCAAGGCCGCAGCUGCUGAGGAGGUGAAGGCUGUCGAGGAGGAGGAGGAGGAGGAUGAGGAGGAUGAUGAUGAAGAAGAGAAGGAGGAGGAGGAUGCCGAGGAGGAAGAUGAUGAGGAUGCCAAGGGUGAGGACGACGACGAGGAUGAGGAUGAGGAUGAGGACGAGGAUUAA